GCGCAAUAUGUCGGCUGAACCUCGCGCAGCCUGCAAAAUAGUCGCUAAGCUUUUAGUGAAAAAGAAAAUAAAAGAAAUACAGAAAAAAAAACGCUACCAAACGAAAAGGUCGUAUGUGGGUUAAACCAUGGAUCAGUCGUCGAGAUACUUUGGGUGCGUCUGCAAAACUUCUAGGAGAACUGUUAGUAGAAGAGCUACAAAAAUAAUCUUCGAAUGAGAAAACAAAAUUUUGAUACUCUCCUGGAUUGUGUGACGCCACGUAUUUUAAAAAUGGAUAACCACAUGAGAGGUGCAUUAACACCAAAAUUAAAAAUGGAAGUAACAUUAAGAUAUCUUGCAACAGGAGAUUCUUUCACUUCAUUGCAAUAUUUAUAUCGUGUCCCAAAAAGCACAAUAUCAAAGUUUAUCCCUGAAGUUUGUGAAGCCAUUUCUGAUUCGUUAAAAAAAUCUAUUAGGUGCCAACCUUUGAAAAAGAAGAAUGGAAAAAAGUUAUUUUCAGCACGGUGGAAUUUUCCAAAUUGUGCUGGUGCUUUGGACGGAAAGCAUAUUAUAUUGAGAAGUCCUUUCCAUUCAGGUUCAGAAUUUUACAACUACAAGGGACAUUCAGUAUUAUACUACUUGCUUUAAUUGAUGACCAAUACUGUUUUCAAUAUAUAGAUGUGUGUUUGUAACUCAAGUAAUGUAUAAGCUAAAUGCAGACUAGUAUAAAAAUUAUCCACAUACAAUGUUCUUCCCUGAUUGAGAAGAUCCUAAAUAAGAUUCAUAACGACAUUGUAUGAAGCUAACCUCGUCUUAUCAGUCGUUUGAUCUUCACCCAUGUAAAUGCUGGCAUUCCAAGUGUAGCCAUUUUCAGUGCAUAGUUUAUACAAUUAUAUUCCAUAACUGUAUCUUUUCGACGGAGUAUAUGGACGGACGCUUAGCCGUCCUCCAAAGGGUUAUCAUCGUC